AUGCUGCCUGAAAUAAAACGGUCGUGCUUAGAACAGCAUGCCCUUGCAGACAACGAAGGCACGACCGUGCUACACGGAAGCAAGGUCGAGCUCAAUGAAGGCACGCCCAUGCUGGAUGAUGAGCAAGGUCGUGCUUACCACCCAGAUGCGAAAAAGGAGACAAGGGAAGAUGCACCAGUGGUGACAAAACUGAAAGUUUCAUUUCCACAACGAUUGAUGAGUAGCCAGAGAGACCCUCAGUUCAAUAAGUUCCUUGGGAUCCUCAGAAAGCUCCAUAUCAAUAUUCCUUUUGUUGAAACCAUAUCACAGAUGCCAAAAUAUGCUAAAUUUCUCAAGGAGAUGCUAAGCAACAAAAAGAAAUUGGAAGAAUUCGAGAUAGUCAGAUUGAAUGAGGAGUGCUCAGCAAUUUUACUAAGGAAGUUGCCGCCUAAACUUAGGGAUCCAGGGAGUUUUACAAUUCCAUGCACUAUAAGCAAUUAUUAUUUUGAUAAAGCGCUCUGUGAUUUAGGUGCUAGCAUCAAUCGAAUGCCAUUUUCUGCAUUUAAAAGGUUGGGUAUGUAA